CUCACCGCGGCUUCAUUGUAGUUUUUCUCACCGCGGCCUCAGUGUAGUUUUUCCCACCGCGGCUUUAGCGUUUGGGCUUUUAAUGGUUCCACGUUCCCGCAACGCUAUGACCACGCAGACGCCUCAACGCAGUCGUGAACGUUUACAGGAUUUAAGAGGACCAACACAGGCAGCCCUUACUGCGGCGUCCCCCGACGGAAAGUUACGAUUUUUGGGAGGCGCACGUCCGGCCCAUGCGGUGGACGCAAGGAGGGUAUGCAAGGACGUAAGGGGUCCGUAAACCCCUGGCGUUGCGGGAACGUGGAACCAUAAAAAGCCCUUUAUUCUACUCACCGCUUCGUCAGUGUAGUACCACUGACUGCGGCUUUAGUGUAGUUUUACUCGUCGCAGCUCCAGUGUAGGUCUAUUCAUCAUGGCUACCAGUACCAGCUGUCGGUGGAUUCUGAAGCGCUAUGCCCGUUUUCUGCCAGGGUCGAAAGCUAGGAACUAAACUACCUAGCCUAAACCUACAGGUAUUUGAAGCAGAGGGCAGUAAACGUGAGCUGGUGCUGACCAUCGUGGAGUCUGGACACAUGCUGGUGUCCCUUGGACAGGAGCUCUUGGAAGGAAUAUCUUUAAUUGGGGCAACAGAAUUUCUCAAAGUACAGAGGAAAAAAGAUAGCCUGCUUUUUCGUUGUGCUGUAAAGGGAGAGAGCCGGCUGAUGCGGAUGCAGUUUGGUGGUAGCAAAGCUGAGGCUCAGGAGGAGUGCUCCAGCGCUGUUGUCAAGCUGACUGAGUACCUGCCUGUCACCACUCAAGAUGAGACAGCAUCACCUUCCUCCUGUGUCUCUGCACUGCCAAAUCAGCCCCCUACUGCGACCACCACAACAACAGAGCAGACUGCACAGAGGGAGCCGGUGACAAGUGAACCCGAGAUGGUACAUGGAUCCUUGUCCAUCCAACGUCUUGCCCAGCACUUCAUCGGGCAGCAGGGCCUGUCCCUGCCCCUGGUGUACCGCCACAGUCCCCUGCCAGCAGGCGACCUGGAGCCCUUCCUGCGGGCCUGUCUGCUGGACUCCAGCUUUCCCGCCUUUGUGGAGGAGGUGGAGGGCGAGAUGAGGAAGCUGCUUCUGGACUGAUCUCCACAGCGGAGGGAGUGAAGGUCAAAUCAGGUCAUCCGUUAUCUUCUCUUCUUUCUGUGUGUGCGUAGGCCGAGCUUGUGUGUCGGUGGUAUGGAGAUGCUGAUUACAUCAUACCGUUAUUUCAUGCUGUUUAUAUGUUUGUUAAACGGGGUGACUGGCUAGUGUUCAUUUUUUGAUCUAUGUUCUUUGCUUUGUCUGACGAUGACCAUGAACAACGCGAUGACUUUGUUUUAUAGGUUUUUUUUAUUUAGAAAAAAAAUAUUGGUCUCAUUUGUAAGAUCGUGGCUCGUUACUGUGGUCCCUCAUUCCAAACCCAAGUCAGGUCCAUUUACACCUCAACACACAUAGAUACACUGUAUUGAUAGGAGUCAUGCAGCUACAGCAGUGUAUUUUGCUAGUCAGCUUCCAAGUGUUCCCACGAUAUUAAAGCUUCACUGAGUAUAACAAACUGCCCUCCAUAUAUCUAUUUAUGAAUACAUAUUGCAUAGGAUUAUAGCCAUGCUGUACAUUUGAAGAGAGAGAAAAAUAAAGAUAAAAAUCAAUCCAUUAAAUUGGGAAAUAUAAAAAUUAUUAUUAUUUUUUUACAGAUUUGCUAUCAUUUGAACACUCAUACCGCAACAUAUACAAGACACCUAAGAUAAUCUGGAAAAAAAUAAUCAUAAUACACUUUUUCAUUAGCUAGUUUUAACACACAAUAGUCAUUUUCUGUAAUCACUCUCAGUUAAAUACUGCCACAGUCAUUGAAGCCCUUGCCUCACCAUAAAAGUUGUGUUAAAAGUGGACUCUAGUCACAAAAUGAAACAUACUUAAAUGACCAUGAUAUGCUGUACAAACCUUUCAAGAAUAUACCGAUAUCUUUUUGUUAAAUUCAAGAUGACUCCAUAAAAAAGGAAGGGAAAAUAGGUCAUUCGGACGCAAAAAAGCCACAUACUAGUACAUGAGGGAUAACCACAGAAAAUGUAUAUUCUGAGCAUCCUAUUGCGUAAUUAUAUUGCAUGCAUUUUACAUGAUAUGUAAUACAAAAAGGAUCACCUCAUUGGAGGACAGGGUAAAUGAAAAAAAGGGAGACAUCAACAGCACAUUAAAAAUGUGUUCACCUCUGCGGGGGUUUAGUCUUUGUAUUCAGGCUUGAAAUCGUUCUUCUAUUAAGACUGAAUAAGGCAUGCUUAAGACAGCCGUUAUGUUCAUUUUGUUGCCAGUGUUAUGCUGAUAUUGUUUCACCAAGAGAGACAAGAAAUGCUUUAUUAAAAACAUCUUGGGAGUUCCCACCAUCUUCUGAUACCUUCAUGCGGUCAGAGUAUGUUGUGCAGCCAUCACAUCUAUGGAAAACGAGAAUGAAAGUAAGCUCCCCAAGUUUGGUGUGCAAUGCUCUUUUCCCCCAUAAUAUAGCAAGUAACAAGUACGUACCCUAUUUCUGAUUCCUCUGGCGAAUAUUUUUCUCUUUGUGGUUGUUUGUUGAAUUUGUUUUUCUGGAAACCAGACAGACCACAUGGUUAUUGACAGUUUGUGCCCAAGCACUGAAGAUUGAUUUUUUAUAUUGACAAUAGAGCGAUGAAAGUAUUGAUCUACUUACAUUGGUACAGCUGGUUCGUCGUCUUAGAUUGGCAAGAAAAGAGGAAAGAAAUCAGAAAACACAUUUAAGACACUUGUUACCCAAGCGUUGUCAUACGGCCAAUUCGGUUCAGCUUUCUGAAUAGCAAGGCUGACUAAUUAAAAAUGAACAAAUUAGAUAGGUGUAAAGAUUUUUUUGUCUCUACAUUUAUUAAAUUACACCCCACAAUAUGGCCCAGCGUAUUGAUACGAUUAAUUUUGCGAGAAGGUCAAGCUCUAAGAAUGAACCAAAUGUAAUAAGCCAUGUUCUUUCUCCAUUGAACAAAAACCCGGAUAAAAAUCCUAUCCCCCAUGCUAUGAAUUAUUCAACUGACAUGCCAUUUCAUAAAACUCCAAAAUCACAGUCAAACGGACAAGACGGAUGGCGUUCAAACCCUGCGGAGAAGAUUGCCAUUAACCAACAGUUGAGACGGGCGCGGCAGAAGAAUGUCAUCGCAGUGAGUGACGGAUAGUUCAAAGACCUGUGGUCUGAUGUCGACUUGGUGGGCGGUGUUGAUCAUAUGGAUGAGGAUGCUUCAACAGGUAAGAAACCCUUGGCUGUGGGCUGUGUUCCCAUCAACAUGCAGCUCGGGAGACGUAGGCAGCGGCAGAAGCAUUCCAAAUCAUUAUCGCGGUGGCUCGUUUUAUGGCAGUUAUAAUGUUAGAUGACGGGGAAUGAUUGUGCAGCUAAUGGGUAGAAUAGAUAAUGUGCGGACUGACAUACACCAACAAUCCC